AUGACUGAUUGGAGCAAAUUGAAGGUCACUGACCUGAAAGACGAAUGUAAAUCUCGUGGCAUUCCACUCACCGGUCUCAAACUCAAGCAGCAAUACAUUGACAAGUUGGAAGAAUACGAAGCGGCACAAGGAUCAGACAAUACUGAAGAGCAUGGUAUUGCUCAAGUAGCCGAGCACGAAGAAGAGCAAACCACACUUCCAGCUUCAAAGCUCGAAUCCAUCGGUUCCCAGCCUGAUCCUCAAUCUGAGACAGAAGAGAACACCGCUGAGCCAAACAUACAAGUGGCCGAGCUCGUUGCCCACCAAGACACCGACGCGAAAUAUCUCAAUGGAAACAAGAAGGACCGAACACAAGAUGAGCCAGCUCAGGUGGCCGCGAGUGUCACUAAUCCUGUGAGCCUGAACGAGACCGCCAACGAUGUGAAGCCAACAGGAUUGCGAAAUGAAGAUGAGCUGGUUGAAGAUGGGGGCAGGUCUCUAGUUGAGUCUAAUGCCGGAGAGACCAAGAUCAAUACCGACUCCCUCUUCGUACCAGAAUCCAGUGCCCCUGAAGAACAAGCUGAAGCGACUAAACAGCACAUGGUCGAGGCUUCGAAGCAGGUAGAAGAGACUGACCCAAAUUUCAAAAAUGACAUUAUUGUUGAGGACUCUACAAUGGUUUCUGAUGACGUAUCCGCGCAAGAUAAACCAAGCCAGAAAUUCAUAGCCUCAAUCCUUGGCCAAAUAUCGUCUGAUACCAGUACACCAAGAUCUUCCCAGAUUCCAGUGGCCGAUCUGCUCGAAGACCAAAAGAACCGUCGGAAGCGAAGUCUCAGCCCUGUUCCAACCUUUGAGGAGAUCUCUCGUAAGAAGGCGAGACUCAGUGUCGAUGAAGACGGUACAGCUCGAAAUCAACAAGCAUCAGAGGAGACGAAAGCUAUCACUGAGUUCGCUGAAGUGAAAGGUGCUGAAGUCAUCCCGGACAAGUCUCCUAUAGCCCCCUCACAUAACGAUGAAAAUCCUCACAACGUUUCUGUACUUCCACAAGCGACAUCUGCCGAUACUGAAAUGGCGGACAACAAACCUCGCUCGGUCUCACCUUCCAGGGAAAUGUCAGAGGAACGAGACGUCUCCCCUGCUAUCCAUCCCGCAACGUCAUCUAUCUACAUCCGCAAUCUGAAGCGGCCACUCCAUAUCCCCACUCUCCGGAACCACAUUUCAUCACUAGCAAAGUCCCCAGAUCCCAUCACUGUUUUCUUCCUGGAUAGUAUCCGCACGCAUGCCUUCAUAUCAUUCACUUCUAUCACCACCGCCUCCCGUGUCCGCACAGCGAUGCACGAAACACGUUUCCCGGACGAAGCUAUGCGUGAGCCACUGUUUGUGGACUAUAUCCCUGAUGAUAAAGUUCAAUCAUGGAUUGACCAGGAAACCGGCGGGAACAGUUUCGGCGGACGGGCGGGUGGAAAGCGGUUCGAAGUUAUUUACGAGCAAAACAGACAGGGCGAAACCGAAGCCAUCUUCCAAGAAGUCGAUACCCGGAACCCUCAACCACCCUUCCCCCGACAAUCGAUAACGUCAAGAACGUCCAUCGACGCCGGAAGACCGAGACUCGAAAGUUUUCCCGAAGACAUCCACCCCGACCGAACAGGCCUCGUAUCAAACAACAACAGCAGCAACCACCAUCACCGACACGACCGGCCCCCACCGACACGCCCCUCAGCACAGUCCCGACCGACCAACACGGGCGUCGGCUUCAAAGCGCUGGACGACCUCUUUUCCUCGACAACGACCAAGCCCAAGUUAUACUUCAAGGCGGUCCCGGAUUUGGUGGCACAGGACCGACUGGACAUGCUCCGGGACCUGCGCGUCGACCACACGGAGAUGGGCCGCAGUGGCGACGAAGGCAUGAAGCGCUACAGCUUCGAGCCGUACAAGGGCGGUCGCGAGGAGUGGGUCGACAAGGGUCCUGAGUUUGGCUAUGGCAGGAAAGGCCAGGACCGGCUGACUGGGUUUCGUGGCGGACGCGGUGGUGGUGGUGGCGGGUAUCGUGGGAGGGGUGGUGAUUCUUGGAGGGGCGGGAAAUGA